ACCUUUUAGAUUGAAUUUCCACUAACUUCAAGAUUUUCAAUUUUUUCCCAUAAAGAAAAAUUAAAUCCUGUGUUUGUGGUUCCCAAUCCCUUCCUAGAUUUCCCCCCUUCCCCUACUCGCUUAUCUCUCACCUAAUAGGUUUUUCUACAGUUCUUUCUCCGUCCAAAAACCCAUCUUUUUUCUGUGUUUCUUCUUUUCUUUACCUGCUGUAUUUAAAUCAAACUCAAAUCACACAAUAUUUCCAAUGAUACCCACUUAGGAAUUGUUAAAUCUCGUUUUCAAUAAUCCCAAAAAAGACCCAUAAUCUGGCAAUGUCUCAUCCUUCAACAGUCACUUCAGAGCCCUCAAAUUUGCUUGAUUUUGUGCCAAAAUUGGGCAAUUUUGUUCUAAAUUCAAGUUUGCAUGGCAAUAACUCAAAUGGGUAUUCUUCAUUUUCUUCCAAUUCCGUGCAUUUCGGUGGAUUAGCCACUCAAAACAGGUACAAAUUCGUCAAUUCACUGAGUUUUAGCAAAGAGGGUUCUAAUUUGAAGAGGAUUUUGAGUGAUUUUAAUAGGGUAAUUAGGCUCCAUUGUGAUAGAAUCCCACUUGGGUUUUCUUCAAUUGGUCUUAAUUCCGGGGAGAGUAAUGGGGUGAGUGAUAAUGGACAUGGUGUUUUGGAGGAUGUUAGAGUGCCUGUUAAUGCAGUUGAGCCUGAAUCCCCUAAGCGAGUUCUUAUUUUGAUGAGCGAUACCGGAGGUGGUCACAGGGCUUCUGCCGAAGCUAUCAAGGCUGCUUUCAAUGAAGAGUUUGGUGAUGAUUAUCAGGUAUUCGUUACUGAUUUAUGGUCUGAGCAUACUCCUUGGCCAUUUAAUCAAUUACCAAGGAGCUAUAACUUCUUGGUGAAACAUGGCCCUCUGUGGAAAAUGAUGUAUUAUGGUACAUCUCCUCGUGUAAUCCAUCAAUCAAAUUUUGCUGCGACCUCUGUAUUCAUAGCACGAGAGGUGGCCAGAGGGUUGAUGAAAUACCAGCCAGAUAUUAUCAUCAGUGUGCAUCCUCUGAUGCAACAUGUUCCACUUCGUAUCUUGAGGGGUAGAGGCCUUCUUGAGAAAAUUGUCUUCACUACAGUAGUUACAGAUUUGAGCACCUGUCAUCCUACGUGGUUUCAUAAGCUUGUAACAAGGUGCUACUGCCCUUCAAAUGAGGUGGCUAAAAGAGCAACAAAAGCUGGUCUACAGCCUUCCCAAAUAAAAGUUUAUGGUCUUCCUGUGCGGCCGUCCUUUGUUAGGUCUGUUAGGCCAAAGAAUGAGUUACGUAAGGAACUUGGAAUGGAUGAGCAUCUUCCUGCUGUUCUGUUAAUGGGAGGAGGGGAAGGCAUGGGGCCUAUUGAGGCUACUGCACGAGCUCUUGGAAAUGCGUUAUAUGAUGCUAACCUUGGUGAGCCAACAGGUCAACUUCUUGUGAUUUGUGGUCGCAACAAAAAGCUUGCCGGAAAGCUGAGUUCAAUUGACUGGAAGAUCCCUGUACAGGUGAAGGGCUUUGUUACUAAAAUAGAGGAGUGCAUGGGAGCUUGUGAUUGUAUUAUAACAAAGGCUGGCCCUGGAACGAUUGCAGAAGCAAUGAUUCGAGGACUACCCAUCAUAUUAAAUGAUUACAUUGCCGGGCAGGAAGCAGGAAAUGUGCCGUAUGUUAUAGAAAAUGGUAUUGGAAAAUAUUUGAAGUCGCCCAAGGAAAUAGCCAAAACUGUUUCUCAAUGGUUUGGUCCGAAAGCAAACGAGCUGCAGAUAAUGUCACAGAAUGCGUUGAAGCAUGCAAGGCCAGAUGCCGUUUUCAAGAUUGUUCAUGAUCUUGACGAGCUUGUCAGACAAAAAAUUUUUGUACGUCAGUACUCUUGUGCUGCUUGAUUUCAAAGAACAAUAAGAAUAUCCAACUCAAGUUGGGAAUUCAGGCAAUUAGAAACGGAUUUUACUCCUGAUUUUUUGAGGGGCAGGGCGAGGGGAAAUGAUAAUCAUUGUUUAGGCAAAUGGUGAUUUUAGGCCUUUCUAGCGUAGAGCAUAAUAUGUGUAUUUAGUAUUUACAGAGCGGAAUUUAUUCUUUUGUAUUCGAACAAUUCUUAUUGAAGCACGCACUUUUUUAGCGACUCAAGAGCUGACACAAAGAGGCAAUAAUUCAAGAUUAAGUUACACUUACAUAUU